AUGGCCACAUAUGUCAUAAGAUCAAGGAGAUCACACCAUAUGUUGCACAAGGAUCGACUCGACUUCGACUUCAUGCCCCACCGGCAAUCGUUCGGCUUUGAUAAGAUAGGCGAACUGCGGCAGCUUUAUGGCUCUUCGCUUCAUGACGUUUCUUCCCCGAGCCUCCCGCAAUUAAUGAGCGGAUGGGCCGUCUGGAAGAUGUACCACAGUGGAACGGACACAGAUUCAGCCCUUCCCUGCUGGAUUUAUCGCCCUUCAAACAUAAUUUUCGCAUCAAGUUUCUUCCGCGAACCUGCUAUAACGAGCGGAGGGAUCGACCAGGAUGAAUGGAAGAUAUCUCGAUCGCCCUUGAAAUGGCACCCUCUCCGAGUCAAAUUUCAAAGCACGUCUUUCAAGACUUACAACAAUGCUGCCUACCGAUGCCUACCGACUCUCAAUCAAGUAAGACGGAUCCGUAUACCACCGCAUGCUUAG